AUGCCCAACACAUGCCCACAUAUGGUCAAGGUUCUCAAAGUUCGCAAAGCCCUCAAGCUACGCCGAAACAUCGUUACCCUCGACUGGCUCAAAGACUCCAUGCACAUGUGCAAGUGCCUGCCCGAAGAGCCAUUCUCACACGUAGCGGCAGUCAAGAAGCAACGAGAGAGGGAAAAACGAAGGGCCAGACUCCAAAAAGGCCUGGAGGAGGAAAAGAGGGCUGUUAACACGAAUCUCUAUCGUAUCUACAGAGACCAGACAUUCUUCAGAUAUGCUGUCGUCAUCACAAGGGAUGAUGAGGAGAAUGGUAUCGUUGGGGAGAGGUAUAUUCUCAUGCUCUUCGAAUCGUUAGCCCAACCAAAGCUCUACUGGUUUCUUGCCAAGUACUACAGAAAGAAGGGUGAUACGCAAGCAAAGUUCUACCGGCCCAGCCAGUCGCCUGGCAUCUUUGAGCGGGGAUAUGCGCUGUUCAAGCUCUUCUUUUUCAAGAAGACGGGUGUCAACUGGGAUGAGCGGUUGAUCCAGGAGAAGAAGAGGGGUGAAGAGGGAAAUGUUGAUGGCGAGGACAACGGCAUGGCUGUCGUUGGGAAUGCAGAUCAAGAAGGGGUCACUGUCAAACCCAAGCAAAGGCGGGUUACGUUUACCUACACCCCUCCGACAGGUGGUAAGCCCCUCGGCUGGGUCCCAGCACAGUUUCUCUCUCCUGAAAUGCCCAAGCUCGAGCCUGAGCCCAAGCUGGUGUCAAACCUUAAUGGCGCAGUUGUGGUUAUCUCUAGAGAUGAUGAUGAUGAUGAUGAUGAUGAUAACAUCGACGAGAAAUAUGAACGCGAGCUCAGAGAUGUGGAUAUCACCAUGGUCGAUGUGGACUGUGCUGGCAAGGGCGGGGAGGGGGAAUAG